UUGGUGCAAUUUGAUGGGUUUUGUGUCGAUUUUUGAGCCUUUCCUGCCCCAAAUCUUUUUCCCCUUUUUCACCCAAUUCCCUUUUUUCCCCCCCCAUUUUUUCCCUAAAGUUCACCAUUUUUUUAUCCCCCAAUCCCCCUUUUUAUCUCGAAAUUCCCUAUUUUUGCCCCCAAAUCCCUGUUCUUUAUCCCAACUCCCUUGAGGUUUUUUUUUUUUUUGCUUCCAAGUCCGUUUUUAUGCCCCAAAAUCUCUUCCUUUUGGCCCUGAAUUUUUUUUCCAUUUGGCCCCCAAAUUUAUCUCAAAGUACCUGGACCCUUUUCCAGGUUUUCCGGACCCUUUUCCAGCUAUCCCGGACCCUUUUCCAGCUAUCCCAGCCCCUUUCCCAGGUUUUCCGGACCCUUUUCCCGGUUUUCCGGGCUCUUUUCCCGGUUUUUUGGACCCUUUUCCAGGUUUUUUGGACCCUUUUCCAGCUAUCCCAGCCCCUUUUCCAGGUUUUCCGGACCCUUUUCCUGGUUUUCCGGACCCUUUUCCAGGUUUUUUGGACCCUUUUCCAGCUAUCCCAGCCCUUUUUCUAGGUUUUCCGGACCCUUUUCCAGCUAUCCCAGCCCCUUUUCCCGGUUUUCCGGACCCUUUUCCCGGUUUUCCGGACCCUUUUCCCGGUUUUUUGGGCCCUUUUCCCGGUUUUCCGGACCCUUUUCCAGGUUUUCCGGACCCUUUUCCCAGGUUUUCCGGACCCUUUUCCAGGUUUUUUGGACCCUUUCCCAGGUUUUCCGGACCGUUUUCCUGGUUUUCCGGACCCUUUUCCAGGUUUUUUGGACCCUUUUCCCAGUUUUCCAGCCCCUUUUCCAGGUUUUUUGGGCUCUUUUCCAGGUUUUUUGGACCCUUUUCCCGCUCUCCCGGCGGUCCUGGAGGACCAGCUCCUCUCUAUGGUCCCGCCCGCGGCCAGAGCGCCCCUCCUGGCAGCGGCAGAAUCCGGAAGUGGCGUCCGGGGAGGGCGCCGCCGGAAGUGACGUCAGUGCGCGGCGGCGGCGGCGGCCUGAGGCGGGAGCGGCGGUUGGAGCCGAGGGGACGGCGCCAUGUCCUCCACGUCACAGAGGCACCGGGACUUCGUGGCGGAGCCGAUGGGGGAGAAGCCGGUGGGGUCGUUGGCCGGGAUCGGGGACGUGCUGGGCAGGAAGCUGGAGGAGAAGGGCUUUGACAAGGCCUACGUGGUGCUGGGGCAGUUCCUGGUGCUGCUCAAGGACGAGGAGCUGUUGGAGAAAUGGGAAUGGGGGUGGGAAAGGAGACACCAGGGGGGUGUCAGUGACCUUUGAGGAUGUCCCCUGUCC